AUGCAAGGAGCCAAUAAGGUGGCGAUCUGGGUCAUAACUGGCCUGAUGUCUGUCCUCACCAUGUUCUUCAACCUGUUCAUCUUUCUGAUGAGUCUGAAGAGCUAUAAGCAGAACAAACACUGGACCCCCUGUGAGACCAUCAUCACAGCCCUGUCCCUGGCCAGUGGAGCUCACCAGCUGCUCUGCUAUCUCUGGAUGACCAUGAACGAAAUAGACAAAGAAUGCCAACUGGAACAGCUGUUCUACUCCUUAAUGAUAUUGAUAGUGUUCAGCCUCAAGUUCACCAUCAUGUGGACCACCUCCUUCCUGACCUUCUACUACAGCACCAAGCUGGUGAUCGAGCCCAUCCACUGCUACACCAAGAUUCAGGAGGCCAUCCUGAAGCACGUCACCACUGUGGUCCUGGUCAUCCCUAUUUGUGGUCUCAGCACCUGUCUGCCCAUGCUGACUGUCCUCGUUCCUGAGAACAACACAUGGGAAAACAAGGACUGCGGUGCCGUCAUGCCUAAUGACACCCCUGGCAUGAUCUAUAACACUGUUUAUCUAGUCCUCUCUGACAUCCUACCAGGAGUUCUGAUGGUAAAGUGUUGCAUAUCUAUCUCUGUUCACCUGGGCAUCCAUCUCCAGCACAUGAAGGCCAGUACCAAUGGUUCCCACGCACCCAAGCUGGGCUCUGAGAUGCGGGUCAUACGCAUGACCCUCGCACUGGUGGUUGUUUUCCUCUGUUUCAUGGUGGUUGAGCUAUAUGUGUACUAUCAGGUGACGGUGAAGAAAGAGAAUGCCAUUCUGCUCUCUUUUCUCUUCACCUCCAUCUAUACCACUUUCAGUUCCUUGGUUCUUAUCUACGGUAAGAAGACCUUCUGGAAGGUUCUCCUCCACUCUUACAAUGUCUGCCUGGAUGGGUUUCCCUGUCUGUCCUGCCUAAAGGUGCCAGAGACCAAACACAAACCCAGCUCUGCUCACACAGUCAAACACUGA